CCAAGCAGCCCCGCGGUUGCCAUCACAGUCUCCAAGCCCCCUGCCCGGAGGAGGGGGCUACAUUGUGUCUAUUGUAGCUUUUGGCCGCCUCUUCGGGAGACCUUCUCGGGACUGUGAAAUCGGGCCUGAAAAGCAUGGCUGAUGAGCAGGAAAUCAUGUGCAAGCUGGAGAGCAUUAAAGAGAUCAGGAACAAGACCAUGCAGAUGGAGAAGAUUAAGGCACGACUAAAGGCAGAGUUUGAAGCUCUAGAGUCAGAGGAACGGCAUCUGAAGGAGUAUAAGCAAGAGAUGGAUCUCUUGCUACAGGAAAAAAUGGCCCAUGUGGAGGAACUGCGUCUGAUCCACGCUGAUAUUAAUGUGAUGGAGAACACCAUCAAACAGUCAGAGAAUGACCUCAAUAAGUUAUUGGAAUCUACACGGCGGCUGCAUGAUGAAUAUAAGCCCCUGAAGGAGCAUGUGGAUGCUCUCCGCAUGACCUUGGGCCUACAGAGGCUUCCGGACCUAUGUGAAGAGGAGGAGAAGCUGUCCCUGGAGCCUGCCUGUCAUGUCACCAGCAAAUCCACCGGAAUGCCCCCAUCUGCCCCCUGUGCAAAGCCAAGAGCCGUUCCCGGAACCCCAAGAAGCCAAAGAGGAAACAGGAUGAAUGAAAAGAAGACUAGGCUCACGGAGCUCCCCUGCUCAGAGAGCCCCUUCCCCUUGGCCAGAGUGAUUGAUGUCCAGGCGUGAGCGUUCCUCCCCUCUUUCCCUUCUUCCCUCUGCCCUUCCUCAUCUUGUAUUUAGUGGGAUGGAAGCACAACUCUUUUUUCAUGUUCUUAUUCCUUCCAUCACUUGGGAUUUGGGGUUAGGAAGACAUAGGUUUCAGGUACUAAGGCCUGUGUGUCUGAUAGCUCCUCAAUCCCUGAUUGCUACCCCUCCCUUCCCCCUCCGCACUUCAGGAUAUCAGGUGGCGGCAGAAGUCGUCCAGGGGCCUGAUGGGCUAACAUCCCUGCCAAUGGUGGAUGAUGGUGGGGUAAGUUGCCGGUUACCCAUUGGACCCCAUGUCACAAAUGGGGCUGGCGCUCAAGAGAUCGUGGAAUCAAGGAAGACCACCGUUCCAGAUUGAGGUGGGGGAAGGGGAACGUCACUCAUCAACAAUGGCUACAGCAGAGGGACCUUUGAAGGUCAUUAUUGCCAUUUGUCCCUUUAGAAUUUGGAAAGCUAACAAUAUAUUCCCUGUCUCCCUCCCUUUCUCAAGGACAUCCCUUCUCAGGCUUGGUAGGUAGCAUUUGUGUGUAGCAGACCGUUGCCAGACAUGUGCAACCAUUUGGUUUCCUAACCACUCAGAACAGCUGCCUUCUUUUCAUUCUAACUCUGCUCCCACACCAUGACUUCUAGUCUUCCUUGGGGUCCAGUCUUAAAGGUGCUACUCUCUUUAAGGCUGUGGAAACAGCUUGCAUAACCCACCUAUUUCACUUUCAGAAGCAGUCCAGUUGGGUGGCCUCUUGUUUCUCUAUUUCCCAGGGGCCUAGAUGCUGACACAGAAGAAUGUGGCUGGCCCAUUCUUCCUUUCCCUUUCCCCCUACUGGGACCAUAAAGUCCUAUCCGAUUGCCUAGCCCCUUUAUCCCUUGCAAUGAAAUGAAUGCAAAACCCCAUUUUCCCAAGUACCUACUUGACCACUUUUUCUCCUGGCUGAGUGGCUAUUUGCAGUUCUGGACUCCCUGGGAAGGGAUACUAACAUUUGUCAGCCUGUUAGCUUUGAAGAACUAAUUUCUCUCUAUUUGAUCAAUAGUGCUUUUCGGGGGGGCUAGGACACGGGAGCUCUUGGAUAGUUCAGUCUGGAUAAGAUUCUGUUUCAUAUUUCCACGGUCCCGACCCUCAUCUUCAUUUUGGAGCUGUGCUGUGGAUGUGUUGUUAUCAUUGUGAGUCAGUCAACCUCUCUGGUAGGCCCCCAACCCCUCCCUCUCUUCCCACCCCAUACGCUUGGGUCAGUAGGAUAGAUGGAAGUGGGCAGGGACCCUCUGGGAUGGUCUUCUUCCCUUAAGGAAAUCCCAUCCCAUUAGCCACAUGAAGCACCCCUGUCCUCAAGGCUCCCCACCCUGGGGACCAUGGUCACAGCUUCUGAGCACACCUCUCUCCUGACUUACCAUCUCCUCCUUUAAGUAGAAGAGAAAGUUUCAUGUUCCUCACUGCCAUUCAGGUCACUUUUUUGGUGUUAAGGGGAUAGACCUUGGCCGUGUUCCUGGCAGGGACCAUUUUUCCCCUUCCUUGUUUACCAGUAGUUUUAGUGAGUUGCCCCCAGGAGCUAUAUGUUCAUAACCUCUGCCUCUUGGACUUAUGUGUAUUAUAUCUCUUGUCUAUACAAAUCUUAUUAAAUAAACAUCAUUCCAGGUUCCUGUAA